AGUCGAACGUUGAAUUUAGACGAAUUCGUUAUUUACGGUAGAGAAGAGUGCUGCGAGAAGUAGGAAAGUCCACCAAAAAGUAGGACUAAUUCUUCUUCUUCGAGAUAGACUGACAGAAAAAAAGAGAAAGGAGAUAAAUAUAUAGAUAGAUAGAUAGAAAGAGAGAGAGAGAGAGAGAGAGAGAGAGAAGGGAAAUAAAUAGAAAAGAUUCGACUACUAAUUAAUUCGUGUUACCAUGGUUAUUUUUGGUUGUGACAUGUAGAGGGCGUUUUCGUUUAGACGCCCCAUUUCACGACGCCGGAUCGAUGAGUAAUGAUGCAUAGUUGGCGAUAAUAUGGGUAAGAAGAGGAGUAAAUCUAUGACACCCCCAUCGAAAGAGGAUGUUAAGGAAGAGAUGAUCAGCAAAAAGAAAGACGGAUCUAAGGAAUGCGAAAGAGUUGACGAGCGGAGGCGUCACACAGUUACAGUUUCCGGUUCAGACGUCGAUUCACUCUACAGCAGUAAAGGUGUACGUAUAAGUAUAUUUUCUUUAAAAGGCCUACGUAUUAUUUUAACAGAGAACACUGUCAUCUAGUGGCAAAUCGGACUUUCAAUGGGAUUAUCCCAUAAGCAAAUAGUUUACAAUUGUCCAAAAAGAAAAAGUUUUUAAGUAUAUGGGGUGUUGUAUGGGAGGGUGACUAUGAGAGUUUUAAGUGUCUAUGAGAGUUCAGACGAUGUUCUUGCAAGGUCAUUUCCGGCCCACUCGGAAGCGAUUUACGGUCCGAAAAAGAUUACGGCGGAUAAGCAAAUAAAAGCCAACAUAAGCGUUAAAUCGACCUUACCUAUUGUGAGGGAUCCCAAUAGGACUUUAGAGAAACCUAUGGGCUUGGUUUUAUUAACUUGGAGAUCGGAAACAAAAAGAUCUACCCUACCAAAUGAGGUGACGUCGUUAGAUACGGUUAAAGCACUUUUUGUUCGGUCGUUUUCGGAUACGUUGAGCAUGUCACCAAGUUGCUGGCUAACUAGGAAAAUCUAUAUAUUAGAUGAUGCAACUAACGUUUAUUAUGAAUUAGAGAAUGUUCAAGAUGUUAAGGACCGUAGCGUAUUAAAAGUUGUUGAAUCGACUUCCAGUUGUCAAACAGUCUGCUCAUCAACAUCGCCAACAAGUUCUAGAUCGGGAAGUGCAACACCUACAUCUGGUAUAGAAACUCAAAAUAGAAUGGCUAGUAUGGAGGCUCAAUUGGCUAACUUAACAGCCUGGGUUCAAACGGCUGUAACUAAGGACAGAUCACCUGGUAGUUCAAUUGCUUCAGAUGAAUCCCCUCAGCCUAUGCAGCAAAACAACGGUUUAAGGACGAUGAAGAACAUCUUACAUGCCGUAAAAACCCUGCAGAAUGAACAGAAACAAUUAAGAAGAAUUCAUUUAACUAAUGCAAACGAUCUUCGUGAAGGCAUUUUUGAAUCAUUCAAAAAGUUCAAAGAAUUUGUAGAAUCUUAUCAAAAGUCAAUUCGAAAUGUGCCGUCCAAUCCUUCUUCCUUCGUUGAUGAAAUUCUCAAUCUCGAAAGAUUUGUCGAACGUUUAAAGAGAGAAGUCGACGAGCACGAUUGUUCUUCUGACGAUUGUGAUAUAACAACAAUUGGUUAUUCGUUGGCAAGCGUCUCCAAGAGGCUCUGUCAUAUACGUCAAACAUUUAGCGUUCAGAAUAUUCAAGAGGAGACGACACCCGAUUCGUCUACAAAAUCCUGCAAAGGGCAUGUGACUUUUAAUCCCGCUGUCACUGAAAUUAGUCAAGAGGGUUCAGUUGUUGAAUGGCGAGUGCUAAGGAAAGUACCGCCUCCUCCGCCCCCAAGGCGAACAUCAAAACUAAUGAGUGAAGAAGAGAACGAAUCCUUGUAUUCAACUGUUAAAAAACGGACUCCACCUGCUGUUCCUGAAAAGAACGAAGAGCUGCUCAAUCAAAUUUAUCAUCAGAAUUACCAUAAAGUGAAAAAAGCAAAUGCUAAUUUAAAUGUUGAUAAGCAAAUCGUAAACAAUGAUAAAAACUAUUCAGAGACCGAAAUAUUCUAAGUUUCGUUAAAAAAAAUACAAAUAUUUUAUUAUUAU